AUGGAAGAAUGCAAAUCAGAUGAUGUCAGUGACCAGUUUACCCAGGGGGACCUCAAGCACAUAUUCCAGGUGCUUGAGGAGAAGAUCAUCACCUUUGUGAAGAAUGAGCUGAAGAGAUUCAAGAAGAUUGUGAGUCCAGAUUACCAAGAACACUUUGAGGAUAAAAAGCAGGAUGAGAGUGAUGCCAGAGAAGGGGCUCUCAAGAUGGCACUGCACUUCCUGAGGAACAUGAAACAGAAACAUAUCGCUGACAAGCUGAAAGAAAACGAAUAUGAUGUGGUUUGUCAAACGGAGCUGAAGAGAAAUCUCAAGAAAAAGUACCAGAGUGUGUUUGAAGGAAUACAAAAGCAAGGGAGCUCUGCUCUGCUAGAAAAGAUCUACACUGAGGUCUACAUCACAGAGGGAGGAAGUGGAAAAGUAAAUGAGGAGCAUGAAGUCAGGCAGAUUGAGUCCAUGUCCAAGAGACCAGCUGGACAGGAGACACCAAUCAAAUGCACAGACAUCUUAAAGCCCUUACCUGGCCGAGACAAACCAAUUAGAAGUGUCAUCACAAAGGGAGUAGCUGGCAUUGGCAAAACUGUCUCAGUGCAGAAGUACAUCCUGGACUGGGCUGAGGGGAAAGAAAACCAGGAUAUCCACUUCAUAUUUCCACUGCCUUUUAGAGAGCUCAACAACAUGAAAGACAAACAGCUCUCUUUGAUGGAUCUUCUUCACCACUUUUUCUCAGAAAUUAAGCAGUUAACUUUUCCCAGCCAGGGGAAAUACAAAGUGUUGUUCAUCUUUGAUGGUCUGGAUGAGUGCCGACUCCAACUAGACUUUCAGAAAAAUGAAAUUUUGACAGAAGUGACAAAAGUCACUUCAUUGGAUGUUCUGCUGACAAAUCUCAUCAAGGAUAAUCUGCUUCGCUCUGCUCUCCUUUGGAUCACCUCUCGACCAGCAGCAACCAAUCAAAUCCCUCCUGAGUGUGUCGACCGAGUCACAGAAGUACAAGGGUUCAGCGACGCUCAGAAGGAGGUGUACUUCAGGAAGAGGAUCAGUGAUCAGAAUCUUGCCAGCAAAGUUAUCACUCACAUAGAAUCAUCAAGAAGCCUCCACAUUAUGUGCCACAUACCAGUGUUUUGCUGGAUUGCUGCUACUGUUCUUGAAUUUCUUCUUAAGACUGAAGGAGAUAAGCAAGUUCCAAAGACUUUGACAGAGGUGUACACAUAUUUCCUUGUUUUUCAAACCAAGCAGAGGAGUCUGAAGUUUGAAGGAGUUUAUGAUACAGAUCCACAGUGGAACCAGGCUAGUCUCCUUGCUCUAGGAAAGUUGGCCUACGAGCAGCUGAACAAGGGCAACCUGAUCUUUUAUGAAGACGACCUGAGAGAGAGUGGUAUUAAUGUCAGAGAGGCAGCAGUACAUUGUGGCAUCUGCACCCAGAUCUUUCAGGAAGAGUCAGGCCUUCAUCAGGAAAAGUUGUACUGCUUUGUGCAUCUGAGCAUCCAGGAGUACCUUGCAGCUUUGUAUGUGAUCCUGAUGUUAGUAACUGAGGGGAAAGAUCUCAUGUCCCCACAGCAACCCCCCAGAACAAUGUUUCAACGUUUGAUAUGGCAAACAACUGGCAAAUCCUUGACCACCUUACAGAAGAGUGCUGUGGACAAAGCAUUGGAACAUGGAGAUGGGCGCUUUGAUCUGUUCCUCCGUUUCCUUCUUGGCCUCUCUCUGGAAUCCAACCAGAGACUCUUGAGAGGUCUGAUAAAGAAAGUACAACAUGAAAGUAAAGAGGAAAUAGCCAGUUACAUAAAGACAAAGAUCAGGGAGAUGCCAUCAUCAGAAAGAGUUCUCAACCUCUUCCACUGUCUGAAUGAAGUCAAUGAUCACUCCUUAGUGGAGGAGGUCCAGAGCUUCCUGAGUGCAGGGACACUUUCUGCAGCCAAACUCUCACCCACACAGUGGUCAGCUCUUGUGUUUGUGCUUCUGACAUCAGAAGAAAAGCUGGAUGUGUUUGAUUUGAAGAAGUACAGCAGGUCUGACGAAUGUCUCCUAAGGCUGCAGCCAGUAGUGGAGGAAUCCCAAAAGGCUCUGCUCAGCAGUUGUGGGCUCACUGAGAGGAGCUGUGCAGGUCUGGCAUCUGUCCUCACCAAAGCGUCUUCAAAGCUGAAACAUUUGGACCUCAGUGCCAACUGUAUUGGAGGUAUUGGGGUCCAAGAAUUGUGUAGUGGACUAGGUAACCCAAACUGUGCACUGGAGACACUCAGCCUGGAUAACUGCAGUAUUGGAGAGGAAGGCUUCAGAGCUCUUGCAUCAGCACUGAGAGCAAACCCCUCACACAUGAGAGAGCUGCAGCUGAGUGAGAAUGAAGCAGGAGACUCAGGAGUGAAGCAUCUUUCCUCUGUUCUGGAGGAUCCCAACUGUAAACUGGAGGCACUACAGCUCAACAGUUGUUGGCUCAGUGAGAGGAGCUGUGCAGCUCUUGCAUCAGCACUGAGAUCAAACCCCUCACACAUGAGAGAGCUGCAGCUGAGUAGGAAUAAAGCAGGAGACUCAGGAGUGAAGCAUCUUUCUUCUCUUCUGGAGGAUCCCAACUGUAAAUUGGAGAAACUAGAGCUCAACAGUUGUGGGCUCACUGAGAGGAGCUGUGCAGCUCUUGCAUCAGCACUGAGAUCAAACCCCUCACACAUGAGAGAGCUGCAGCUGGGUGGGAAUGAAGCAGGAGACUCAGGAGUGAAGCAUCUUUCUUCUCUUCUGGAGGAUCCCAACUGUAAACUGGAGAAACUACACCUGUAUGACUGCAGUAUUGGAGAGGAAGGCUGCAGAGCUCUUGCAUCAGCACUGAGAUCAAACCCCUCACACAUGAGAGAGCUGCAGCUGAGUGUGAAUAGAGCAGGAGACUCAGGAGUGAAGCAUCUUUCUUCUCUUCUGGAGGAUCCCAACUGUAAACUGGAGAAACUACACCUGUAUGACUGCAGUAUUGGAGAGGAAGGCUGCAGAGCUCUUGCAUCAGCACUGAGAUCAAACCCCUCACACAUGAGAGAGCUGCAGCUGAGUGGGAAUAAAGCAGGAGACUCAGGAGUGAAGCAUCUUUCUUCUCUUCUGGAGGAUCCCAACUGUCAACUGGAGAAACUACUCCUGGAUUACUGCAGUAUUGGAGAGGAAGGCUUCAGAGCUCUUGCAUCAGCAUUGAGAUCAAACCCCUCACACAUGAGAGAGCUGCAGCUGGGUGGGAAUAAAGCAGGAGACUCAGGAGUGAAGCAUCUUUCUUCUCUUCUGGAGGAUCCCAACUGUCAACUGGAGAAACUAGUCCUGGAUAACUGCUGUAUUGGAGAGGAAGGCUUCAGAGCUCUUGCAUCAGCACUGAGAUCAAACCCCUCACACAUGAGAGAGCUGCAGCUGAGUUAUAAUGAAGCAGGAGACUCAGGAGUGAAGCAUCUUUCUUCUCUUCUGGUGGAUCCCAACUGUAAACUGGAGCAACUAUUCCUGGGUAACUGCAGUAUUGGAGAGGAAGGCUUCAGAGCUCUUGCAUCAGCACUGAGAUCAAACCCCUCACACAUGAGAGAGCUGCAGCUGAGUGGGAAUGAAGCAGGAGACUCAGGAGUGAAGCAUCUUUCUUCUCUUCUGGAGGAUCCCAACUGUAAACUGGAGAAACUAGACCUGGAUGACUGCAGUAUUGGAGAGGAAGGCUUCAGAGCUCUUGCAUCAGCACUGAGAUCAAACCCCUCACACAUGAGAGAGCUGCAGCUGAGUAGGAAUAAAGCAGGAGACUCAGGAGUGAAGCAUCUUUCUUCUCUUCUGGAGGAUCCCAACUGUAAACUGGAGAAACUACACCUGCAGGACUGCAGUAUAAGAGAUGAAGGUUUCAGAGCUUUAGCAUCAGCACUGAGAUCAAACCCAUCAGCCCUCAGAGAGCUCUAUCUGCAUUUUAAUUAUCCUGGACCCUCAGCACAGCAGCUGCUCUCUGAACUGAAGAAACAUCCAAACUGUAAACAUCUACACAUACUAGGACCCUAAUGAGUCCAUCCUGUUGUGUUCCACCUGAGUCAUGCUUUUACACUGUGCAUAAAGAAGUGUUGCAGCACAUUCAUAUGUGAAGUUAUAUGUUUUAAAGUGACUUAUGUAAAUAUGAAAAUUGUGAGUAAUAUUGUAUAAAGAAUGUUUUCAAUAAAAACACAUGGUAACAUGUUA